AUGAAGGCUGAAACAUCCUAUGUGCUGGCCUUGGCGAUUGCAUUGUCGCCAACGGCCACUGCUAAAGGUUUUAAGCAAUCGACCCCCAUUUUAUUGGAGCCCUACUUCAAUAACAAAGCAUUCGGUGCUCAGCCCGGCGUUGCAGCGUUUGAUGCUUUAAAUGAAUCGUACCCAGACCCUGCCAUCAUCGGGAUCACUGAUGGAACAUACACAUCCACCAAAACCGGUGUUGUCUAUGAGUUUCCAGGCCUCCAGCCAGAUCCAUCAAAGCCAGACAAUGUGAUCUGCUCAGGCCAGGAGAUUACUCUAUCCAAGUCACACAAGAACUCAAAAUACUUCUCCGCAUCUAUGCUGGUAUCUUCCGAUGUUGAACUGACGACUGUAUCCGGAAAUGUGACAUACACAUAUACGGAUGGCUCGAUACUGGUGUCUGAGUUGCGCAGUUUGCCAUGGUGGGCAUUUCUCACCAUCAACCGAGGAGAGAUUAUUUUCCCAUAUCGAUUCACUAGUAACGACACAAACUGGAAUACCACACAUAUUUUCGAGUAUACUGCGGCAUUGGACCCGAGCAAAGACCUCCAUUCUAUUACACUUCCGGACACUACUAAUGCCACCACGGGUAGACUGCAUGUCUUUUCCUUGUCUCUUUGGGAAGCAUCUGAAGCCAGAUCGUCUGCUCAAGUCCAGUUCGUACGACCAACUCAGAAAUGGACUGAAAAAGGGAAUCAGGUGGUCGAACUGACUGUCAACAACGCUGGUUUAGAAUGCAUAGCAGGCCACGGAAUAGAGGUCUCUCUAGCCAUGCCCGGAGUUAAAACAAUAGAGCCAGGUCAUAUUAAACGGCUGUGCCCUGGGGACCAGAAACGCGUAGAUAUUGGUGUCAAGGGCGCCGCGAACGGAUCUGCAGAUGUUCUACUUAGUUAUGACCUCUUCUUCAGUGACAAACAGCGUGUUGCGAAUGUCUCCAUCUCUGGGUUGACUGAAUGGACUUCCGAUCCGUCUAGUCUUACCCAGCAUGAAAGCCCUCAGUGGUAUGACGAUGCCAAGUUUGGCAUUUUCAUCCAUUGGAGCGCAUUCUCGGUUCCAGGAUGGGGUAACUCUACCCCCUACGAGAGUUACGCAGAGUGGUUUUGGUGGUACUCAACCCAUCGGCCAGCAGAUAAAUCGGACUUUUAUGAUUAUCGUCUUCGCACUUUUGGCCCAAACUGGAACUAUGAUGAUUCAUUCCAAAAUUUCACAGCUGCCAAAUGGGAUCCCAAGGAAUGGGUUGAUCUUAUCUAUGCCUCCGGAGCCAAGUACUUUGUUCUUACAACCAAACACCACGACGGGUUUGCUCUGUUCAACACAUCGCACACAACGGACCGCAAUGCCUUGCUUUACGGGCCUCAGCGUGAUCUUCUCAAGGAUCUCUUCGACGCAGCGGAAACAUACCAGCCAAGCCUCCGACGUGGUACCUAUUUCUCUCUACCCGAAUGGUUCAAUCCAGAUUUCGCCCCUUAUGGUUUCGCCCAGCUCCCCGGAAACGCCUCGACCAGCUGGCCCGGUAUCAUUGCCCGAAACCCGUAUACGGGUCUUGACGAGCCGUAUACAGGCCACCUCCCCGUCGAUGAUUUCAUCGCCGAUCUGAUGGUCCCGCAAAUGGAGAUUCUCGCGUAUGACUACUCAACUGAUAUCAUGUGGUGCGACUGUGGCGCUGCCAAUGGGACAGCUCCCUUCGCUGCAUCCUGGUGGAAUAACGCUCGGUCUCAGAACCGCCAGGUCACAAUCAAUUCUCGAUGUGGUCUUGCCGAAGCCGCCGAUUUCGAUACACCGGAAUACCAAACUUUUUCCUCUGCCCAGCUCCGCAAGUGGGAGUCGAAUGAGGGUAUGGAUCCGUAUAGCUACGGAUACAAUCGAGCUACAGCUGACAGUGCAUACAUGAAUGCCACCACAAUCAUUCAGGACCUCGUAGACAUGGUAAGCAAAAACGGAAACUUCCUCCUCGACAUUGGGCCCCGUGCAGACGGCACCAUCGUCGAGACGGAGGCGCAGAAUCUGCGUGAAGCUGGAGAAUGGAUUCAUGCGCACGGCGAAGCAAUUUUUAAUACAACUUAUUGGUUCAUCAUGUCGGAGAAUCUUGCCGAUGGGAACAAUGCCAGGUUCACACAGACUGCCGACGCGUUUUAUAUUCUCUUUUUAGAUAAACCAGCUCAGGAGGUUUAUCUUGAUUCCCCAUUACCAUUGUUAUGGGGGGAUGUGGUUAGCGUUGUUGGAACGGGGUCACAUUCCUCGGAAAUUAAAUGGGUGAAGGAGUAUAAGAAGGGAUCCGGCAAUGGGUUUACAUUUUUCAUUCCAGACGGUGCUUGGGAGGAGGAAAAGUACUGCUGGGUUUUGAAAAUUUCUUAUAACGCUUAA